ACAGGCGUAGUAAUUACUUAUAUUACUUUUAACUGCUUAAAAAAUAAAAAUGGUGUCCAAAAAAGUAUGCGCUAUAAAUCAUUGUAAAAAUGAUUUAAGUGGUCAACAGAGAUUGUCUUUUCACUCAUUUCCAAAAGACGUUCAUAUUUCUCAAGAAUGGGUUAAGUUUGCAAAAAAUUCAAAAAUAAAUGAAGUUAUGAGAACUUUUGGACAUUUACAUCUGAGUCUAAAUUAUAGUAUUUGUUCAAACCAUUUUAAACCAGAAGAUUUUGUACCGAACAGGGGUUCUAGUAGAAGAUUAUUGAAAUAUGGUGAAAUACCUUCAUUAAAUUUACCAGUUACAUCUCCUCCUUUAACUAAACCAUUGUUGAAAAGUUUAAAAUUAAAUUUCAAUAAUAUUUUUGAAAAUGAAAUGAAAAAAAAUCAAAUACACAGUCCAGUGUUUUGUAUGUAUAAAAAAUUUGAUCGUUUAUCAACUCCUAAAAAACUCACAAGUUCAAAAAAAAAACAUUCCGAGGAAAAUAAUGUUUUAACUGAAGAAUGGAAGAUACAUAAGAAUCCAGUAAAACGAUCACUUUUUGGAUCAGACCUAGAUGCAUCAACAUCAAAUUUAGCAAAUAUGUUACCAAAAAAUGAACAUAAUAUUAUGGAUGAAUCUAAAGCAGGUUUGAAUAUUUAUAAGAUGUUUCAUUUCCGGUCUGGGACAUGGUUUGUGUUGUAUUUUUUUGUAAUAUUGUAUUAA